GUCGUGGAAGCUUGUGAUACAUUUUCGUUCCUUUUAUUCUCUUCUUUAACAAAUUGGCGUCGAAAGAACAACCGAGAAGACGAUGGACUACGAUAGGCGACACGGAGGAUGGAACUGAGCAACGUCCUUCUUUCAGGCUGUAGCCGCCUAAAUACGCCAUUGGCAGCCACCACCACACUGGAGGAUCCAGGAACACCAGCCUCUUGGAAGGGCCCGCCGCCGGGCUCGGAGGCAUCACCCUUUACACCCAACUCCGUUGGUCAGGGUGGUGGCCCUGGCUCUGGUCCCUAUAAUAGUUCAGGUGGUCCACCGAGCAAUGCAGCCUUUCAAGGACCGAGUCCUUUUCCCGGUAGUGCCGGUAGUCCGGCGGGUGCACCACCUUAUCAAGGUCCACCUCCCGGUUCCGCGACGCCUCAGUACACUGCCUCACCCGCGCCGAGCGGUUCUUCGACCCCUGGUCCAGGACCACCACCGAAUUCCUCGGGGUUCCCUCCACCGCCAAACAAUUCUGGACCUCCUUACAAUGGACCUGGACCAAGCCCGUUCGGCUCGCCUUCCGGUGGACCACCACAAUUCGUGGGUCGACCCGGCUCCUCGGGACCACCUUUCGUACCUCCUGGAGCAGGAAAUCCUCACUUUCCUUCGCACGGCCAGCCGUUCGGUGGACCCCAGUACGGUAUGCCGCCGGGCAGUCCGUUUGGACCCGGUCAUCCGAUGACAGGACCCAUUGGGCCGGGUCAUCCCGCGAUGAUGGGACCUGGCGGACCCGUCGACAGAAUGGACCAAGGGUGAGUCUUUGCAAUCUUCAUUUUUCUCAUCCUUUGCUUAUCAAUUAUGGACUAUGGCGUACCCAUGCUUUUACGUUUAAACUUGUAUAAAUUUUUAUUCGGGAAACGUUUUCAAAGAAUGAGGAUCCAGAGAAAUUGUUCGCAAAAGGGUUAACGGUUAGAUCCUUAAUUGAUAAGCAACUGUAUUAAAUCGAAAAGGUACCCACGAUCUUAGCGAAUGAAAUUAGUGCAUGCUAUUCAAUCGUUUCGUCUCGAGCAAAAAUAAAACGUGCUCAGCAGUGUAGCGUAAGGGAGGAACAUUGCACGCAGCAAUGACACAGCGCGUAUGAAAUGUAAAACUCUCGUACCGAGUAUGCAAAACGAACAAAUUCGUGUUCUCUUAUUUCUCGAUCGCGAUAUCAUCGACAAGCUAUCUUUGCUUUGCCCGGCAAAUUCAAAAACUCGUCAUUAUUAACGUGUAAAGCAACGUGUCGAACGUUGUCAGGCUGCUAAACAUUCCUAGAUAACAUGGUUCACAGGUAGCUACCAUUAUUUAUCACUCGCGUCCCGGUUAGUCCGCAUUCUUGCCUGAUAAUCCUGCUUCGACAGGGCAGCGUUCUUGCCCUCUGGAAGUGAUCUUGAAUCGUUUGCAUCGUCCUCGAUGCUCUGCCAGGCAAACUCGUUCUCGAAAUCGGUUACGUUCGAAACGAGCUUUCUUUAGUUUACACGAUAAGCAUGUACCGUCUACGAGGCGUUAAAAAUUGUUGCGACUAGUCUUCAAACGAAUUCGAGUUUCUCGUAAUUUGUUGAGAAGCACUGUCGGUAAAAUCAGAUUGUAUGAAAUCGAGAUUGCGCGUGCAUUUUUCUUAACCGGUUGCCAAACUUUUUCUUCGUUCGUUGCCAGACCGUGCGAAAACAUAUUGUCUCGUUGUUAAGUAUCGUUUUUGCGAACGAAACGAGCCAGGAUUGGCCGCGCAGACGAAGAAACCUGUAAUGAACGGCGCCAGCAGUGAAUUUCUCCGUGCUAAACUUGGCAGCCGUGUCACUGAUUCGCUUAUCUGCGAUCUAGAUUAUCGAUGCGUUCGAAAAAUUCGCGUUAUCCACGUUCUCGCUGUUUCUAUGCCUCUAAACCAGUACCUUUGCUGAAACAUGCUAUAACUUAUCCGGAGGGUUGACCGGUCCACUUAGAUCACCGUGAACCAGUUUUUCCGAAUAGUUCUCUGACAAACGUCUUUAGAGGCGUGACUCUAAAACGAACCGAGGGCGU